AACUAUCUACAAGAUAUUUUAUGAUCAGUUCCUGCUGCUACAAGUUUGUAACAAGUCAAGAAGCAUGAUUGAUCAUAACUGUGGAGUAUUUAGUGUUAACUUCUCUCUUAGUACAUCACCAACAAUAGAUUAUGACUGUGUAAAAGUGCUAGCGCUAACAGUUGGAGGAACUGCAGUACCCCUCUUGAUUGUCAUAGUCUGUCUUCUCUGUCUUCUGUGUUUUAUGUGCAGAAAAUUCAGGAAGAGAACAGGAUCUCUUCGUAUUUCCAAGGUGGAAGAAAAUGAUAGUGAAAUAGCCACAGUACGUAUAGGAGAUAAUCAUCAUCCAGUUGAAGUUCAAUUAAAGGAAAUAGGUUAUGCAGGAGACGAAGAUCCAACAGAUCUUCUAUACGAUUCAAUCGUUGAAGUGAAGAGAGUUCCUAUUACUACGGUAGUCAACGAUGUAGCACCACCAAAUAUGGAGUCUACAGCACCUCAACAGUACGAAGAAUUCAGGAGCAAAGAUGACAAACUACCACUGUACGCCACUCCUGAUAGAAGUUUUAAAAUGGCUAAAGAUAGCAGUGCUGAUAAGCGCAUCUCAAUGCCUUCAAUGCUAGACCAACACUCAUCACCAUUUGAAGAUAAAAACAACUCUGAUGCUAAUCGAUAUAGCUUGAAUCUUUUGUCAGAUGGCAUGGCAUUGUACAGCAGUAUUGCGGAUAUCACAGUCCCGCCUUUACCACCGCCCCUUGCCACAGAAGAUAUUGAUCCAUUGGGAACUAGAGCACCAGAACAAAACACAGAAACUAUGCAGCAAAACAAAGAAAAAGUCGGUAGCAUUGAUGCAACGGACGACAUAGAUCUUCCCUUCUAUUCAAAUGUAACGCUCAAACAACGGGAGGCUGAGGAAGUGGUGGAAAUACAGCAAGAGUUGUAUGUUAAUAUUAAAUAGUACAGUCUGUGUACACAGCAUAGGUUUAUAUGUACUCCUUUUUGUGAUGAUAAAAUAAACAGCCAUUUGUUAUUUUAGCAUAAACAUAAAUCAAACUUCAACACUUUUAUUAUAGCUAUUAUUUGUAGACAAGUAGGUGUCUAUUACAUAACAGCACCAGCACAUGUUUUCCUUUUGUGAAUUUCUCUAUUAAAUACAAUUACUGUAAUUUUUGGGAGAAAUCCUUAUCACAAACAGAAUAUUGUGUAUAAAGUUGCGUACAAAGAGCUCUAGUGUCAUUCCGUGCAGUUGAUUCCCUAGUGAUAUAAUGCUAGGUACUGCAGGUUGGCUGCUUGUAUCAACUUUAACUGUAGUUACAUGCAGUUCUAACGUGUAUGCACUGAGGUAUAUGCUAGGAGAUGCUGUGUACAAUGGUACUGCAAGUUGCUACAGUGACAAUGGUAUCAAUACAAACAGCACCUGCUGCUGUCCUGAAGAAAGUCCAACAUUUGUACAAGAAAGUAACUCCUGUGUCCAAGAUGCCACUCUCCUAGAUGAAUGUGACCUACAACUUGAUGUGAAUAUCAGCUCAAGCUCAAGCGUUGAAACUAUACCGUUUGUAUUUGUUCCAAGCAAUACUACCAAAGAGCUCCACAUUCUCCCCAACAGCGGAUUCACUGUCACCAGUGAUCAGAAGGCUAUAAUUCGCUUUAAAAAUGAUUCUAUGGCUUUACAAUGUGACUCUAUACAGAACAUUAGUUUAAUCUCAGGACAAAAUGUUAGCCCCUCACUACAGCUAACGGACUUUAGGAUAGAAAACAACUCAAUACAGAUACUAACCCAAGAGCGAUAUUCUAACGCUUUAUACAGACUAGACCUAAAUUGCAAUUGCAACAUCACAGAAGCUCGGAAAUGCCUGCUGUUCAAGCUUGUUGAUUCACAGCAAGAAAGCAUUGACAAAUACACAUUUAGAGAUUGCUUAGUUCCGCCUACCACCACCGAGAUGACAAGUAGCGCUCCGAGUUCCACCACCCCAGUAAUGCCUACUGACGAGCCGAGCAUCUGGUUGAGGUACAACCGUCUUCUGAUCUACGUGGUUAUCGGUGGAGGCUGUGUAGUGGGCUUGAUACUAGUGUUCAUCAUUAUGCUGUGCAUAUUGGCUGGCUGUAUAGCAAGAAGAAGGCGAUAUAGAGCAAGAAGAAAACAGCAACUAGAAAGAGGCACACAGUAUCACAUAUCUAGAAUGCAAGGGAGACCUAGUGCACAAACUCGCAGAAAUCUCUCCCACUCAAUAACAAACCUCCCGGAAAUUGAAAACCAUUCUCCUGAAGACACGGAGCCACAAGAGCCGCAACCUCCCACACUCGUUAAAGCAGAGGUGCCAACCAUACCAAGAAGACCGGUUGAAGAAGAUGAUCAAGUUACAUUCGGUACGUUCAAGCGUCGUCCUAAAGGCCAGAAACCAGAUGAACAGCAGUCCUCGAUAGAGAAGCAGCCAACACGACCAAAGGAAUUGCCACCAAAAGCAGCAACAAUGCCUAACAUUCCUGUACUUAUACAGCCACCAAAGCCACCAUUGCAACAGAUGUCUCUAACAGACACACCCACACAAGCAUACUAUGAAACUGUUGUUCCAGUUAUUAAAUCAACCCAGGCUGAUGAACAAACUGAUUCUGAAGCAUACGAUAUCUUAGACCAUCAAAGAGCAGCACUAAAAGGGAGGCACUUCACCUCACCAAAUUACUCCCAACUAAGCAUUAGCCGCUCGAAAAGCCCCACACUGAUUGACACUGGUCAUUCGUACAGCCUAAUAACCCCCCGAACACGGACUCCCUCCACUCCCCCACCUGUCCCUCCCCCAUUGUCCCCAUCUUACAACGGACUAGAACUACUGAGACCUCAGAACAGAUUCUCAAAAGACAUUCUAACAAGCUCGUGGUCUAAGCCAUCGCACACGGACAAAGUAACUAGCCAUAUUACCAAACAGCCAGUUAUAUCUCAAGAAGAUGAUCUGUAUGACUAUCCUACGAAGAAGAAAGCUGCCCCUAAACCACAGAGAGCAAGAAAAAGGGGAGCGGUCAAAGUAACACAUGAUGGAUCUGAAGUUAUCUACGAUGUGCCACCAGGCAGAAAGAUAUCUGACGAUAAUACUUCAAUAGAUUCGUACGUAGAUAUGACACAAUACACUAUCACAAAACUAUAAUUUAACGUCAGUCACGUUCCCAUACACACACUUAUGAUUCCCAUACAUAUAGUUGUGAUUCCCAUACACACAGUUGUGAUUCCCAUACACAUAGUUGUGAUUCUCAUACACACAGUUAGUAAUUUCAUACAGAAAGUGUAACUCAACCAUAACUGUAAUUAUUGGUAUCAAUUGCA